UUGUUAAAUUAUGAAAGAAAUGUCAUGUUACUUUAUGAUGAAAAAUAUUUUCUUCAUACAUUUUUUUUUUUUUUUUUUUCUUUUCAGCAACAUGAAGCUCCUACUUCUCGUUUGCUUUCUUGGCUUCGCCGCCGCCGACUUUCUUCAACAGGCUGAACCAGCCAUUGAUGAGUCCGUGUUGGCUUUCUUACAAGGGGCUGUUAAAGCUGGAUCCCUUUCUGAAGCUCUUGGAAUAAAUGACCCCGAAAUUGACCAAAUGGCCGACGAUGUGGAAUCUGAAAUUGGACGAACCAUCCGUGAAGCACUAAAGGAAAUGUUGGGAAAAAUCAAGGAACACAUCGAAAAUGGCAAAGCUGUCGGUCAGGAACUUCUUGAGAAGGUGAAAGAACUCCGCGAGAAGAUGAAGGAUCUCGGUGUGGAUAAUGGAGAAAAAGUGAAAGAGUAUCUGCGUAAAAUCCGUGAAAAAGCAAAGGAAGCCUUGAAAAAUAUCCUUGAAAAACUGGGUCUUGGCAAAAGGAACAUGGAUGACUCUAUGGAUCAGCUUGCUCGUAUGAAAUUCCGAGAGUUGGUUGAGAAGAUUAGAGAAAAGCUCUUGUCUAAUGAAACGAUCCAGAAAAUCAGGGAAUACAUCAAGAACCAUCUAGGCCAAAGCCCACUUGUUAAGAAACUGAAGGAACUCAUUGAGAAACUGCGUGAUGUCGAUAUCCGGGAAAUCCUCAAACAUCUAUUCGAAUACAAACCAGGACAAAAGAUUGACAAGAGAGCCAUGAGCGAGACCUGGGACAAGAUCAGGAAUUUCUUCAAGGACCUCAAUGUCAAGAUCCAAGAACACAGCAAGAGAUUCGGUGAGUGGGUGAAAAACAUGUGGAGCAAGGGUCUCGACAAACUCAAGGAGAAAUACGGAACCGUCAAAGCUAUUGCUAUGGAGUUUAUUGCCAACUCCAAGGAUAUGAGUGCAGAAAUGGCCCGUGAAGCCCUAGACUUUUUCCGUCCAUACAAAGAUGACCUCGGAAACCUCUGGAAACAGAUAGUCGAUGCAGCUAAAGAAGCUAUUGGAAGGUUUUAAACACACAAUUGUUGUGAUUUACCAAAAACGUUUAUAUAAACUUUGAUUGUGAGAUAUGUCACCAUUGUUUUAAUCCAAGCCUCGUCAGCUGAAAUUUGUUACUUGCUCUGUUAAAAAUAAAGCUUUAAAAGUGUAACAUUUCAUUUCUAUAAAUUUGUUAUGCAAAAGUUUCAAAGGAAUUUAAAUAUGUAAAUGUUUUACUCAUGCAUUUAAUAAAGGCCUCCGAUAAUAGAAAUUGGAAA